AUGACGGCGAAUGCACCGCCAGGCGCGCUGGUGGUGGACGACUACAGCACGCUCGACCCAUUCACCUCGCAAGACGGGCACAGGCAGCGCUAUUCAGCCUUCGACAACUCGCAGUUCUCCCUGUAUCUCAAUGGCUCUCCAGCGCAGGCCAAACGGGCCCUGGAGGCACAUCUCGCGGAGACCACUCGUCGACUCCAGGAAACAUCGCACCUGGGCAAUGCGCUAGUCCAGCAGCGCAAGGAGCUCGAGGACCGACUAAAGGACGUGGAGGGACAGCAGGCAGACGACGAUAUCGAUCCCGAUUUGCGCUUGCGCUUGGCUGAGAUUGAGAAGGAGUUCAACGAGGUCGGACGGGAGACGGCGCGCGCUUUCCUGCCCAAGUCCCGCGUCCCAAGCGGCGAAUCUGAUCUCAAUGGCGGAUCUGUCUACGCCAGCGAGGCCAUGAGCUCUCCCACCAAAGUCAGCGUCCCAUCUCGCAAGCAAAGGAACCAGCAGCCAAACCGCAUUCAAGACAUCCACCUGGCUACCGAAAUCUCCACGUCUUUAUUGUCACAACUCAAGGAACUACAGGCCGUACUGAUGGACAAGGAAGAGUCGCUAAAGGCUGCCGAGCUAGACAGGGCCAACCUGGAAAUCGAGGUGGAAGGCCUCUCUCAGCGUCUGCGCGCUCUUGACGAGAGUGACUCGCGUCUGAAGGAUGUCAACUGGAGCCUGGAGACCCAGGUGCGCGAAUUCGAAGCCCAAUCGAAAUCAGCGGCGGACAAGGAAAAUCGUCUCACACACACGUUGAAACUGGCCAAGUCCGAGAAGUCGAGUCUAGAGCGUGAGUUCGAGGAGCUCAAGGGCUUGUACGCAAAGUUGAAUGACGAUCACAUCAAUAGGGUCAAGCAGCACGAGACGGAACUUUCUGGACUGCGACGCAAUGUGGCCAUGGGAGAGGCUGAGCGCAAUGCUCUUCAGCGGAAAGUCGAGGAUCUGUCCACACAGAACCAGGAGCUCGCAAAGGCUGUUGCUUACCGAAUGAGAGGCGACGAGCACCUCUCUCCCGAGGAAGAUUCCCCGGAUGCAAGCUUCCACGAGGGCGAGAGUUUGACCCCCGAGCAUUCUCCGCCACCUUCCCCGAGCAAGGCUACCCCUCGUCACGGCCAGCUCGAAUCCGAGACUUUGAAGCACUCCCUGCAGCACGCUCACCGCAUGAUUCAGCAGCUCAAGAACAACAUCCAUCGCGAAAAAACCGAAAAGAUCGAAUUGAAGCGCAUGCUUCAAGACGCUCGUGAUGAGAUUGAUGUUGCUCGCAAUGAGUCCAAGCCCCCUGGCAGUGCAAGCAAGCGCAAAAAAGCUGAUAAGGAUGUGUUUAAGAAGCCAGCCCGACCAGACCGUCUUGGAGCGCUGAGGCAAGGCAAGCAGGAAGUUGUCAUGGAACUCGACGACGAAGAGUGGGAGGAGCAAGACCUCGUUCCUUCGCCCAGUAAGCCUCAAAGGCCUCAUCACUCAGUUCCCGGCGCUUUCCACAGUGGCUACGCCUCUAUGACCGACACCAGCGCCAACGAAGGCUUCGAGACGGCCACCGAGAUUUCUGAUGCUGAUUUCGAGACUGCAAAUGACGACGGCACAACGACCGAAACAGAUGCCUUCCAAACAGGUGCCGAGACUCUUGACGGCGAUAGCAGUGACGAGUUGACCGAGACCGAGAUGGCCGGAUCGAACCAGGGAACCAUCCGCAACAGAUCGCCAGCGAUUCUCCGGCGCCAGCAGAGUGGGCAGAGUUACCGAGACAUGUACGAGAGCACUGCUUCAAACUCUGACUACGACUCUGAGCGGGAUACGCGCACGCCUGGUAGCCACAGUCGGAAUCCGUCUUUCCGCUUCCUGCGACCGACAAGCUCUCGCAAGUCUAUUGCGACACCUCGGGGAAGCCUACAGGACAUCUUCCAUCACGGCACACCGCCAGCGACAAGAGACUCUCCUGUCAGCAACAGCAACCACAGCACGCCUGCCCAAGGCAGGAGCCUGUUCGCCGAGCUGGACGGUCUGAGCGGUGGUGAAGAUACGGACAGUGCAAUCGAGAGCACCCCAGGUCGAUCGAGCGUUGCGUCUCCCGAGUCUUCGCCGGAGAAGAGCGUUCUCGGUAGGUCCGCUUUGCAGCGAACCAUACCCAUGGUGGCCAUGGUCGAUUCCAGCACAAUGACUGAGCGGGACGUGCCGCAGCAUGUGAGCGUAUCCUCCAUCCACAACAUCCACCAUGUUCGACCACAAGCUCCUCAGCCAGCUGAGCUUCAUCUCUCGUCGUUGGUCAGCCAAGGUACGAACCCCGCAGCGCCACUUCCGCCACAGCUCCAGCUCUCGGCGCACGCUUUCAACCACACCGAGCCGAAGGUCGUGUCACCUCCAUCGCUCAACAUGUCCAGCGUCUCCGGACAUGAGUCUUCGCCCAGUGCCCCUGCGGCUGAACCCCUUGCCAUUUCGUCCAUGUCCGCACACGACACGUCACCACAGAUGCCCACAGAACCGUCACUCAGCAUCUCCACCAUGGAGGCCCACCAUGCGCAAAACACUUCGCCGCAGCCUCCGCUUGCACCAGUCUUCGACUUCUCCUCGGUCGCAGGCCAUGCCACGUCUCCGCGUGUUGUUGCUCCACCAGCCCUGGGCGUUUCCACUGUUUCUGGUCACACAACCGAGCCCCGAUCUGCGCCUGCCCCGGUCUUCAACCUUUCUUCAGUAUCUGGCCAUGACACUGAGCCAAGGGCUAUGCCUACACCCUCUUUUAAUAUGUCGAACGUAUCUGGUCACAUGACGGAACCUAAGGAUCCACAGCAUGCGCGAGCAGCGCCACUGGAUCUGUCUUUGAUGUCACACCAGACUACUGAGCCGGCUGAAGGUCACAGUCAUGGACUUGGGUUCAAGGUCCUGGCGCCGGCUGCUUUGGUCGCAUCUGGCAUUGCAGCAUCGCAGAUGACCGAGCCGAGGGAGGCGCCAAAGUCAGUAGAAGAGGCUCGCGAAGCUAACUCAAUCUCCCUCGAUCGGGAGGUCAGCGAGAAGGGAGCACAAAGAGAAGCUUCAUUGGCAAUGUCGAGUUUCUCGGCACAUUCAACCGAACCUGCCGAUCCUCUCGCGCCCCGGCAGCAACCGCUACAGUUGUCGUCAUUUGCGUCAAAAGCGACCGAGCCCGUUCUUCCAAAGCAGCAGGCACUACAGAUGUCGGCUUUCGCUUCGAACACUACGGCGCCUGUGGUCCCCAAGCCACAAUCAUUGCAACAGUCGUGGUUCGCUUCGGAGGCUACCGAGCCUGUGGCACCCAAGCCAAGAGCGCCUCAGCUAUCCUCUCUGGCAUAUCAGUCGUCUGAACCUGUCGAGGUCACCAAGGCUGCACUGCCAGUCUUCUCGCCAAUGUCCGCUCAGGUGACUGAUCCUAUUCAGCCAAGAGCAGCACUGCCGGUCUUCUCAACAAUGUCCGCUCAGGUGACUGAUCCUCUUCAGCCGAGAGCAGUACCGUCGAGCUUCUCGAUGUUCUCAUCGCAGACUACUGACCCGCGUGGGCCUCCAAACCAGGCUUUGCCCGAACUGUCGCUCGUCACCGCUCAGCACACGCAACCUCUCCACCCAACUGUAGCCGGGUCAGGCUUCUCAGACGUCAAGAUCGUGCGAAGUGACGAGCCCGAGUCUCCCACGGUACCUGCUUUCCUGCCGACCCCCCGCAGACCGUCUACGGCAAACCACGUCGUCGCUCCCGAGCUGGCUUUGUCCGAUCUGUCGAUACUGCACAGCGAGCCAUCACGACCUGUCACUGCGCACCGGACUGGUCCCACACCGCAGACGCUUGACUUUGCGCAUGCGACACAGCCAUGGGGUGAAGACAAGCAUUUGGACUAUGACCGCACAUCUCCUCACGACCGAGCCGCUCGCAGUCUGCUUGCCCCUAUAAGUACCAAUGCGGUGCAGAAGCCAACACGUUCGACAAUGGCCGAUGGUGGCACACAGACCAUGGUGUCCGCGGAGCAGAUUGACAAGCUGCUGCUCGCUCGUGGCAGCAACAGACAGCCUGGAACCAUUGCGACAGCUGACGUUGAUAAGUCUUUGUCACCACCUCCCUCGCCUAGCAGGAGGCACUCAGGUGAGCGUGUUCCUCGCCGCCCUGGCAGUUCUGGCAGCAUACGCUCGCGCGCUGCAUCUCCGCCGCCUCUACCCGCCGACCACAAGCAGGUCAUUGCCGCGGCGGCUCUCAAGCAGCCUCUUGUGCCAACGACGCCUGGCGGAAUGGGCCCGCCAGUUAUGCCUGCUUCAGCUUACAAGAAACCUUCUACCCCCUCGCUGAGGACUGGCACAGCAACACUGACGCCCAAUCGUGCUGGCGGAACCACACCGCGCGCACGUCGCCGAUCCACCAACCGCAGCGAUGCUCGUAGCGGAGCUUCGUCGCCGAUCAGCCGCCGCUCAUCAAUCUCUUCGUUCACGUCUGAGGUUGACCAACGCUUCAACACAGCAGGCGGACCUACAUUCGCUCCACCGGGCUUGCUACCAGGUGCGACUGAUCCUCGCAUGAUCCAAGCCAUCACACAAACCAUGAUCGGCGAAUAUCUCUGGAAGUACACUCGCAAGACAAUGGGAGGCGGCAUGUCUGACACACGUCAUCGCCGGUUCUUCUGGAUUCAUCCCUACACAAGGACGCUGUACUGGAGCGAUAAGGACCCCCAAACAGCCGGAAAGACGGAGCUCAAGGCGAAGAGUGUGGCGAUCGAGGCUGUUGAAGAGGUCGAGGAUCUCAAUCCAAUGCCCCCGGGUCUACACCAGAAGAGCCUGCUUGUCUCGACUCCGGGCCGCUCCAUCAAGUUCACAGCUGCUACAAGCAAGCGCCACGAGACCUGGUUCAACGCACUCAACUACCUCUGUCAGAGGGUAGAAGAGGGUGCGGAGCAGCCUGUACAGAGACCACCCGAGUCCCCAGUCACGAACGAAAUUCAGGACGAGUUCAAUGCUGGGUACAGGAGCUCGUCGCGUGCGACUGGUCGGUCGAGAGCCUCUGUCACAUCCCGCAUGAGCCGGAACACGACUGUGAGUCGUGACGAGGUCCCUACGCUUCGACAACACCACGUCACACCCCAGCGCGCAUCUUCCACUGAACCUGGUCAGACAAGCUCUAUGAGCGGUCGCUUUAGCAGCUUGCUCAGACCAAAUUCUGUCAUGCGAGGCUCCUUUUCGAGCCGCCGGAGCCGGAUCGACGAGAACACGUUCGACGAGCCAAGCACGGCCACCAUGGACCUGAGCCGCGAGAUCCACGAUCACGUUGAGCGUGAUAUUGAGGGCAUGGUCAAUGUUCGGGCAUGCUGUGACGGCAAGCAUGAUGUAGCGCAUCUGCACAUGCACUCGAUGAAGCAUCGACACAACAGCAACGGCACGGUGAAUAACCGGCCAUCAUUCAUUGGUUCUUUGACUUCACGGUCGAGCUCACGCGCGGAUACCCGUGCGGAAUCGCGUACGGAAUCGCGAACCGAGUCAAGGACCGAGUCUCGCACGGAAGCCCGGAACGACAGGAUACGGCACCACAAUGACUUGGAGGCUUCCAAUGUCAGCGCCGGUGGUUAA